AUGGGCUCGGGCUGGAGCAGCGAGGAGGAGCGGCAGACGCUGCUGGGGCCCGGGCUCGGGCCUGCGCCAGGGGCUGCCUGGAGGAGCUGGGAAGCGGCAGCUGCAGCGCUGCCCGCGGCGGCCCCGAGCCCCGGGCGGGUGUACGGCCGCCGCUGGCUGGUGCUGCUGCUCUUCUCGCUGCUGGGGUUCGUGCAGAGCCUGGUCUGGAACACCUGGGGCCCCAUCCAGAACUCGGCGCGCCAGGCCUACGGCUUCUCCAGCUGGGACAUCGCGCUCCUCGUGCUGUGGGGGCCCAUCGGCUUCUUGCCCUGCUUCGCGUUCAUGUGGCUCCUGGACAAGAGAGGUCUUCGGAUAACUGUGCUUCUGACGUCCUUCCUUAUGGUUUUGGGAACUCGUCUAAGAUGCAUACCUAUAUCAGACUUAAUGCUUAAAAGAAGACUAAUCCACGGAGGACAGCUGUUAAAUGGAUUGGCGGGUCCGACUGUAAUGAACGCAGCUCCCUUCCUCUCCACCACAUGGUUCUCUGCAGACGAGCGGGCCACGGCCACAGCCAUCGCUUCGAUGCUCAGUUAUCUUGGGGGAGCGUGUGCGUUUUUAGUGGGACCACUCGUUGUUCCAGCUCCCAAUGGGACAGCGCCUCUUCUUGCCUCAGAGAAUAGCAGGGCCCACAUUAAAGAUCGCAUAGAGACUGUAUUAUAUGCAGAAUUUGGAGUUGUCUGCUUACUGUUUUCUGCAACUCUAGCUUAUUUCCCACCCCGGCCUCCUCUUCCUCCCAGUGUUGCUGCAGCUAGCCAGCGGCUGAGUUAUCGGCGGAGCUUUUGUAGGUUAUUAAGGUAGACGCUGGUUGGAUUG